AUCUGCCAGUUCUCGGCGCAUAUUUGGUAGCACAAAAAGCUAGUUUUGAGUCGCGGAUUUUGCGAUGGCACCGGCUUACAAAUUCAUCUACUUUAACGCCCGUGGUUUGGGAGAAACAUGUCGCUUCCUUUUCAACUACGGCGGUAUCGAAUUUGAAGACAUCCGUUUCGAGGAUGAGGAGUGGCCCCAGUUGAAACCAAAAAUGCAGUUCGGGAUAGUCCCGGUUCUGGAACAUGAAGGGAAGCAGAUUUGUCAGAGCAUCGCUAUUGCCAAAUAUUUGGCGAAGAAAGUUAAGUUAGCGGGGAAUGACGAUUGGGAGGACUUGGAGAUUGAUGCAAUUGUGAACACUGUGUAUGAUUUGUAUCUCAAGGUGUUACCUAUUUAUUAUGAGCAAGACAGUUCUAAAAAGGAGUCACUGAAAGAAAAGGCUCUGAAAGAAGCGCUUCCUUAUUAUUUGCCGCGUUUGGAAGCGAUCGUUCAAAAGAAUAACGGUUAUUUGGCACUGGGACGGUUGACGUGGGCCGAUUUACACUGGGCGUCGCUUUCUCCAAUAUUCGAUAUACUGACUGGAAAAGACAACCUUGCCGGUUUUCCAAAUUUGAAAGGUUUGAGGGAAAAAGUAAAUGAGCUCCCGGCUAUCAAAAAGUGGAUUGAAAUUCGACCAAAGACUGAAAUGUAGACUGAGUUUACUUUUUUUAACUUUAUCAGAAAAGGUGAACAUAUUUUGUGACUUUCGCUCGAUAAUUCCAUGAUAAGUGUUAAUAAGAUGAUAUUAUUCAAUUUAUGUUUUUUUAUUAUCAUUAAAAAAUACAUUGCGAAUAUUGUUUGUUGUUGAAUAAAAUUAUCUGCAUUUAAA